AUGUUAUCACUGAGCUCCAUGUUCACAGAGGUGCCUCAUGACAUGACUGCUCAGAGAGGUCAGGAUGUAGAAAUGGCUUGCUCCUUCAGGGGGGCAGGAAUGCCCUCGUAUUCACUGGAGAUCCAGUGGUGGUACAUCAGGAAUCAUCUCGACUGGACAGACAGGCAGCCCUGGACAACCAAUGAAGUAGCAACUGAGGAGGAGAUGCCAAAGGAUGCUACAAAGAUAAGUGUUGUGAAGGUUGUAGGAAGCAACAUCUCCCAUAAACUUCGCCUCUCUCGGGUCAAGCCAUCUGAUGAGGGCACCUAUGAAUGCCGUGUCAUCGACUUCAGUGAUGACGCAGGUGCCCGCCACCAUAGUGUCAGAGCCUACCUGCAAGUGGUGCCAGAGAGCCACAUCGUCAACGGUAACCACAACGACAACUUUAAGGCCCUGGACGAUACCAAAAGAGGAGUAGCUUUUGUUGACGGGGAUGACAUGGAGUCUCACAGUGGCAGUAAAGAGCACAUUCAUGGCCAUCACCAGAAUCACGGGCACCACCAGGAGCAUGGCAAGAGGCCUUCACUGCCGGUCCACCACGGCCACAGCCACAGCAGCAGUCAGCAGCACAAGGCAGGCAGAGAGCUGAGGAAGAGGGAUGUGGACAGUAACCACAGCCACAAUGACUGCACCAACGAGGCAAGCUGUACGCUGUAGAUGGUGGUUUAUUACACCUGAAUGAUCGAUUACAGAAGGAUUGCAUACCAUCACGUGUCACAGCAUAAAAAGUUAUUCUUCCCACACAGUGCAAGCCUGUUCACAAGUCCAGAAUCUCUAGAAAUGUACAGUAUGGCUUAUUCAGAGCACAGUGCUAUAAACUGUGAUGGGAAUGUAGCUUUUUCUUCUGUGCAUCGGUCUGGUUUGGACUGCUCAUUGUCUUUAAAGCCUGGCCUCACAACAUUCAGCAAGGGGGACUGAUGUGUAGAUCUAAGCAACUCCACUGUUUCUGUUUUCAGCAAAGACAAAAAAAAUUGUCUUACUAUUAACCCAUGCUCUGAUCCACUCUUGUACUUUAGAUACUGUAAAUAACACAACCUUGCUUUCAUGCUCAUACUUCUUCCACUGCCUUACUCUUUGAUUUGGUACGUCAGAAAGAAAGUACAAUAUUAUACAUUUUGUAACUGGGUUUAUGUCCAGUAAAAGAAAAUGUUCCUUUUAUUCUGAGAGUGCACUGAAUUAUGCAUUUAGCUUUUUACCUAGAGCUCUAGCUUUGUUGGAUCUUUUUGCAGUCAAAUAAUGGACAUGGGAUAUGGUGGAAAAUCAUAUACCAGACAAACAUAUAGCAGAAAUUCAGCAAGUUAUUCUGUGUUUACUCACAGGGUGAAAGAAACAUGCUUUCUUCAGCAGGAAUUCAACAAGGUCCCAGAGCAGCAGUGCUCAUCAAGGACAUAUACAGCAUCAUUUAAUUUGAGUUGGCGUAAAUACAGCGCCAGUGUGGAAGUGUGGGUUUUCUUCCACAUUUGUGUACAAUUCAAACUAAGCACAUCACAGGCUGUAUUUUCCCACAGCGAUUUUGAGCUUAUGAAUUUGCAAUGCAACAGAAAACAUGAUUUUUGUUCAACCCUUGUGCUGCAGGUUUGAUCCAUUCAUGAUUAUUCAGACUGAAAGAAAUCAGUCAAGUUCUAUCAUGGGGACCCCACCUGUUUGAAAAGAUCAAAAUCUGACUUGGUGUGCCUCUAAAUCUACUCUGUAACUACAAAUCAAUAGAAGCAAUGGGCUUAUGGUGCAAGAUACUUUUUGGGAAGAGCAGUGCUCUAUUCCUAUCCCAGCUUAGUUCCCUUCUUCUGAUGCUCUAGCCCAGUGCUCAUCAAUCAUUUAAAAAGCCUCAAUCCUCUCCACUACAAGCCUCUAAUCCUCUCUGUAUAUAUGACUGUAUAAUAUGAAAUAAAGUGAGUGCAUGUUCAGUAAUUUUCUUAAAAUGUUUUGCAACUAACCAUAGACAGACAAGACAGUGUGUUAGUUAAAUAUAAUUUUGUCAUUUAUAAGUUUAGAUUAUUUAAGAGAAUUGUCCAUUCUGUUAAAGAGGUAUUUUUUUCAAAGCAGUUUUCUGUUGCUUUAGUGCUUUCCAGAAGUGCUGUACAGACAGAUGAAUGACACAUUCCCUUCAUAGCUGCUCAGAAAGGGGUUUCCCUAUUGUAUCUUAGUACUUAAGCAGUGUUUCUUAAACAACUGUACUGUAAGUGCAGGUCCACAAACAUGAGUGUUACCUUAUUUUAAUGAUCUUAAAUGUGGGUAUAAUUUCAAGCAGUUUGGGACUUGGGAAAAGGUUUUAAAGGGGCCAUUUGCUUAGAAGCUCUUGUGAAGCACAGGACAAUAGCUGAAGGUAUCAAAUGGGUGUUUUUAGUGAAACACUGAAAUUGGCUGUAAUCUGUGUCUCAAGGCCAUGAGGGGCUUUACUUCCGUGCUGGAUUAUCCAUCAGAACAACUACAGCUCUCUUGUUAGUGUUGGCAGUCUCUGUAGACAGGGAGGGUGCUUUAGUUGGAGGGGGAGUGAUCAGUGGGAUUGCUUUUUUCAACAAGUAACUUUGAUUUGAUGUUUUGUAAAAAAUAAAAAUAAAAUGAUAAAAAAAAAAAAGAUUGCUGUUAAA